GGAGGGAGCUGGCUUUUGCCACAGGAAGUGCUGAAUGAAGCGGUAGUGACACUAGUGCAGACCAUUUACAAUCCUGCUUGCCGCUUUACCUGUCACCCUGAUUUUCCUUCAGCAUUUUGCAAGUUAGCAGAUGGCACAGUGUGUGAAUAAAGUUGAACUGAGUAUCUCCUGCGAGAAUCUAUUAGAUAAAGAUGUUGGUUCCAAGUCUGAUCCACUAUGUGUGUUCUUCAUAAGUACUGGCGAGAAUCAAUGGGCUGAGAUUGGUCGCACAGAAAGAGUUAAAAACUGCCUCUCCCCAAAGUUCUCAAAGAAGUUCCUGGUGGAUUACUACUUUGAGCAGGUGCAGAAAUUGAAGUUUGGAAUUUAUGAUAUUGACAACAAAACCAUUGACUUGAAGGAUGAUGACUUCCUGGGACAUUUUGAAUGCACUCUGGGACAGAUCGUCUCAUGCAAGAAACUAAUGAGGCCUCUCAUGCUGAAAAAUGAAAAGCUUGCAGGAAAAGGAAUAAUCUCGAUUUUGGCAGAAGAAGUGAAAGAUAACAGAAUGGUAAACCUUCAAGUUCAAGCCCGGAAUCUGGAUAAUAAGGAUCUCUUUGGAAAAUCAGAUCCUUAUUUAGAGUUCCACAAACAGACAGAGGAUGGAACGUGGCAAUUGGCACACAGAACAGAGGUUAUUAAAAACAACUUGAAUCCUAGUUGGAAAGCAUUUAAAAUCCCUUUGCAUUCCCUCUGUAAUGGUGACUUGCAGAAGCCAGUCAAGGUGGAAUGCUAUGACUAUGAUAAUGAUGGAUCUCAUGACUUAAUAGGAACAUUUGAGACCAACGUUGCCAAACUUCAAGAAGCAUCACAGAACGCAAUGGAGUUUGAAUGUAUUAAUCCAAAGAAAAAACAGAAAAAAAAGAAUUACAAAAAUUCAGGGACUGUGAUUGUUAAAUCAUGUCAGGUUGUGAAAGAAUAUUCUUUCCUGGACUACAUUAUGGGUGGCUGUCAGAUGAACUUUACUGUCGGUAUCGAUUUCACAGGUUCCAAUGGGGAUCCUCGUUCACCUGACUCUCUACAUUAUAUAAAUCCUAAUGGAUUUAAUGAAUACCUGAUGGCAAUAUGGUCUGUUGGAAUGGUUGUUCAAGAUUACGAUACAGACAAGAUGUUCCCAGCAUUGGGAUUUGGUGCACAGAUACCCCCUAAUUGGCAGGUGUCACAUGAAUUUCCAAUUAACUUCAACCCUGACAACCCAUUCUGUGCAGGAAUACAAGGAGUUGUGGAUGCCUACCGCAGCUGUCUUCCUCAAGUCAAACUAUAUGGGCCAACAAACUUCGCCCCCAUAAUAAACCACAUGGCAAGAUUUGCAGCUGCAAUAGCACAGCAGCCGACAGCUUCUCAAUAUUUCAUUCUGCUGAUCAUUACGGAUGGAGUGAUAACAGAUUUAGAUCAUACAAGACAGGCUAUUGUUAACGCUUCUAAGUUGCCAAUGUCUAUCAUAAUUGUUGGUGUUGGUGGAGCAGAUUUCAGUGCCAUGGAAUUUCUCGAUGGUGAUGAUGGUGUUCUGAGAUCACCCACCGGAGAAGUAGCUACUCGUGAUAUAGUCCAAUUUGUGCCUUUUAGGAAGUUUCAAAAUGCUGCCAAAGAAGCACUUGCACAAAGUGUACUCGCUGAAGUGCCUCAACAAGUGGUGUGCUACUUCAACACACGUAAAAUGAGUCCUCCAAAAGAGCAAAAACCUGAAGAUUUACUGGAUUUCUAAUUGCUGGGCAAUAAUAGUCUUUCAAACUUAGACUUGUAUCUUUGCCAUUUCACUUGUUAAGUCCUAGUAAAUGUAUUCAUGAAACAGCUGCUUAUGAUUCACCAAUCUUAAAGGAAAAGGUUAACAACUUGUUCUUCCCCCUACUGUGUACUUCAAAAAAAUAUUUUUGAUUCAAGGCUUGCACUGUGGCACCUCUUUCCAAAAUGAGGUGCUCUAUUGACCUGCCCUGAUGAUGCAAAUUAUGUGUGUGUCAGUUUGCAUGUGAUUCCAUUGCUUUGCACAAAAGUGAUCUAAGGGUGCUUGGAUUGGGAAAUGGUACCAGCGAGCAGUUUUUCAUAUUCAGCUGCAUGUUAAGAACUGGGUUGUGCCAGCUAGCCAAGUUAAUUAGCUUCAGCAUUCCCAGGCUAUUGAGGGAAACUUUCAGUCAGGGUUCCUGCUCUUGACUGUGGGAAGCUUGGAUAGAUAUUAUGUGAAGCUGAGGGUAACCCAACUCUGAUUAGUUCGUCAACUCUAAUUUUUUUUUUUUAAAUCUUGCACAUGAAAGUGGCCAAUUGGAUGAGACAUUGGCAGGCUGUUUGUUCUUUGGAACUGUACAAAUGCUCCCUAUAUUCAAAAAAGGAGGGGCAUGGGAAGGAAAUUAAAAAAUAUUUAAAAAUUUCCAUGCUGAUUUCACAUGAUUUCUAGAUCACUCUAUGGAGUUGAUCCAGGGUACACCAGUAAUCCACAUCAUUGGAACAGUUCCUGGUGUGAGCAGACAUGAAGUGGGGGUUUGCUGUGCAUGGGAGGAUAGAAGUAGAAAGAAAAUGAAAGCACUUUUAUGUUAAAAGUUGGCAUUCCCCAUAUUUUCCAUUACAUGUGAUAGCUUUCUGUUGAAUUACUCAUCCAGACAUCUCUGCACUACUCUCUUCCCCAGAAACAUGCUUCACCACUAAAUCAAUUUAUUAAAUGUUUAACAAAAUUUACUUUAUAUCAUGUUUAAUAAUUUUGAAACAAUAUUCAAAAUAGAUCUUGCAAUGAUUUUUUGUUAAUCUUUAUACAAGAUUAUUUCAGAUUAAACUUUUUUCGGUUGGUAGGCUUUGCAUAUUUUUAUAGUGGUCUCCUUUUCCCAAUUCUGGCCAAUUUCACACGUUCCAUAUAAGCAUUAGUUGUAACAUUGAACUGGAAAAUUGCUUGUAUAGUGUGCUUUUAAUAUAGCACCAUGCAGUACAUUUUAUUAAAAGCUUUAAAUAUUUAGCCAAAAUUACCAAAGAUUAAAAAUGAAUAAGGGAAAGCCAAGUUGUUAGGAUUGUUUCAAAAAAUAAUCUGCCAAUAAUAUUUGUUGAACAAUGCUUGUCGAACAUUUUACAAUAAAGAAACAAAGGAAGCAUAAUUUUCCAUAUGCUGUUUGUUUUCGAGAUGAACUUGUCUAGUCACUGCUUGUAUCCUAUGCUCCAUUUACCUGUUAAUAUUGCUGGUAAAAGAAUCUUAACUAUUUUAA